CAAUGAUAACUUCAAUUAUGAAACAGUUUAUUAAAUCUAAAAGUUGUUAAAACUUAAUAAAAACAUUUGUCAUUUCUCUAUUAGCUGUUAACUGUAGUGUUGUUUUUUUAUAAAUAAAGUUAGACCUAAAAAAUCUAGAUAAGCUUCAAACCAAUUAGUUUUUAUAUCUUAACAAAAAAAUUGUGAUCUCAUCAUAUCAACGACACAGUGAUGACAGAAAUAAUCUAUAAAUUGUCUUACAUUAUCACUGGCAUCAUAUGGCUGUCUAUAUCGUUGCUAUCACUGGUCGUCUAUUUCCUGUUCCCGCCGGACAUCUACUACUGGGACAAAGUGUGCGAUAAGUGUACGACAAGAACAGCCAAAUAUCGGUACGUCAUUCGCUUCAUUUUUGGCAACUUUAAGCCAAACUUUUUGAUCGACAAAACUACUGUUACUGUGGAAGUCUGUGACAGCAAUCGAUCGCUUAUUGUCCUACAGAUACCGCCAAAACAAUUGGAAAAUAGCAUCCAAAAGGGCGAAAACUCAAGUCUUAGGGUCUGUCGGUUUCUACUUUACCGAAAAGAACCGCUGGCCGACAUCAAGAACGUUACGGUCAACCAUAACGGUGAGGGCACUAUCAAUGUGACUAUUAUUGAGAUCCAAGAGCUAUCCAGUCCUGAGGCCAACAUUGCAUACGUCGGCAGUGCCAUCACUAAUAUGGCUAAAGCAAAGGAUUUUAAUGCCCACUCACAUCCGGCGGCCACACGAGAACAGCGACCACUAGAAGCCGAGCUUAGUCCGAGCCAGACGUUGACGGCUCUCGAGUAUAUCAUAUUGUUUUUUGUGUCCAUCAAUCAGAUUCUGUUGCAAACAGUCUUUUUGAUACCUUGUAAGACAGGUCUAUGCAAAGACUACAGCGACGGCUUCUUUGCCGCACUAUUUUCCGGACUAACGGCCUGCAGCUGUGCGGCACUCGGACUCAUAAUUAUGUGUCUAUUCUACAGGUGUUGUAUCAAAAGGACAUUAUAUAACAAAAAGGCAAAAGGAUGUUGUGUUUACUGUCGAUACUUAUUUCUUACGUUAUGCAUAGUAGUGGGUAUAGCACUUGGAGGCGGAGCCGCUUAUUUGACGUCCGAUAAACACUAUUUUGCUAAACAAGACUCCAAUAGCAAAGACAGCGACCACGAGAUCUUCUGGUUAAUCAGUGUCGGUCUGGGAAUUGCCGUUUAUUUUCUGUUUUGGGUACCGAUUCUCUCGAUAGUGGCCUAUUUGUUCUCAUUUUUCUCUGACCCGCUCGACCAAACCGUUACGCCCAAAGAUACUCAAGCUGAGGCACCUGCCGGCCCCGCGCCCAGCAACGAUGGUCAAGACUACUACGCACAGCUUACCAAAGGUGACCAAAAGGUCAAGUCUAUAUCGCAAUAUAAAGGUCCGCAGGCGUCGAAAGGUCCGUCCAAAACACGCAUUGCCGCAAAACCGGUCAGUAAAAAGUUAGGCAAAACCAAAUCGACCGAAUCGAUUGGAGAAAACUAUUACAAACAGCUUAUGGGCAAAGAAGCAAAAGUCAAGUCAGUGUCACAAUACCCAGGAGUCAAAAAAUAAUAUAAAGACAACUACACCACUACUCCAUCAUUGAAACACCAACUGUUCCCAUAAUUAUUAUCAUUAUGCAGUCAUAUUAACAAAUAAUAAAAAUAUCUCUCAAUUUCUAG